CGCGGCUUUGCUCAUUUUGCAGCGUUGCGAGGAGACGCAACAAUAUAACUCGCUCGCAUCGCUGCUCCAAAGUGCUAUCCAACCAAAUUUCGUCGAGGCGCGUGAAAUUGCUGAUAGCAAGAAGAGGUCCUGUCUACGGCUGUAGCCGCACCACCCUGUACCUCGCCGCCGCCGGCGCACGUGCGCAGCGAUCGCACGUAUGGACUUCAAGGAAACGCGACGCCUGCGCGGCCACGUCGGCGCCGUCCUCUGCGCGCGCUACACGAAAGACGGCGCCUACGCGCUGACGUGCGGCGCCGACCGAUCUAUAAAAUUAUGGAACCCCGCGCGGGCGGCGCCGGACACCGGAGCGCUGCUCAUAAAGAACUACACGGGCCCCCACGCCCGGGAGAUCUCGCAAAUCUGCGUCGCCGACGACUGCGCGCGCUUUUGUAGCGUAGGGGGCGACAAAAGUUGUUUUCUAUGGGACGUGGCGACGGGCGCCGUGGCACGUAGAUGGGAGGACCACGCUGCACGUGUCAACUGCUGCGCCUUCUGCGCGCCGGGCGACCAAUUACUCGCUACCGGAAGUUACGACCGCACGCUCAAAUUUUGGGACCUUCGCAGUAACAACAGGCACCCGUUACAAACUCUGGACGAUUUUGGGGAUUCCGUCACGUCCGUGGCCCUGGCGAAGGAGACGGGCGGGUUUGAUCAGCCCGCCAAAUUCGGCAAGCAUGGUGUUGAGCCCGCGUCACGAAAAAGGCCGGUCGUCACGGAGACGUCCGUGGUCGUGGGCUGCGUCGACGGGAAGGUGCGGACCUAUGACCUGAGGAAGGGCAGGAUGCACGCGGACAACUUCAAGGUGCCCGUCACUUCGGUGAAAGUGUCGCGCGACGGCCACGUCGCCGCGGCGUCGUGCUUGGACCGGUCUUGCCGUUUGAUCGAGGUGGCGACGGGCACGCAACUGAAUCUCUACAAGGGGCAUAAACACGAGACGUACGCGCUGGAAUCGUGCUUUUCCCACGACGACGCGUAUUUGUGCUCGGGCUCGGAGGACGGCCGCGUCGUCGUCUGGCGGCUCGUCGAGGCGACGGUCAUCGCCGACUUCAAGGCCGCUAACAGUGCGGCGUGCUCCGUGAGCUGGCACCCGAAGUGCGCUUCUGUUUUAGUCGCGUCCCACGACGGGACCGCGUCGGUGUGGUCUGCCUAA